AUGAUAGAAAAUGACUUCGAUAGAAGAAGACAAGUGCCGUUAGGACAUCCCGGAUUCAAUGAGCAUCAGACGAGAUUCGGCCUGAAUUCCCCGCUACAAAACUUCCAACAAAGCGGAACUCUCAUCAGUAGCCCCGCACCGCCGACGCUCCAAUUCCAACAACCCAUUUUCCAACAGCCCCAACAACAACAGUUCGUCCCCCAAUCGUCUCCACCAGUAUUCAACAACAUACUUUCCAGCCAAAGUAUUCCCAAUAACAUCGCCUUACAGAACAACCUUCCGCUACCGAGCAACAAUUUCCAAUUCACCCAAGCGCCAAGCGUGAACCAACCGGUCCUGCAAAACAAUUUCCAACAACCCCUCAGACCAAUUCAGAACCAAAAUAUAUUGCCCCAGCCAGCACCUACACUACCGACAUUCCAAAAUAAUCCGCUUCCUCAAAAUCCUCCUACUUUCAAUCAGAAUCCAAGUGUUCCUGGGAACACAGUGAACAUCGGCAACCAAAGACUUAAUCAACCAGCUUUCUUACCUACUGUACCUACGACACAAAAUCAACCGAUAUUCAGUCACCCUAAUCCAAUAACCAUCCAACCAGCCCCAAAUCUAGCACCACUCAAUGUCAACUUGAAUAAUGCACAAUUACCCUUCCAAUCAAAUCUGGGUCAGGCCCCAUUAUUUUCGAAUAGUCAAAACGCCAAUAUUCAAGACUUUUUCGAACAACAAUCUAAAGAAAAUUUGGAAAAGCUAAAAGAACUUCAAGAACGUCAGAGGAUCAUACAGAAGCAUCAAGAAUUUGUUCAGAAACAACAGCAAAAGCAACAAGAAAAGGUUGAUAAAUUGCAUGAAGAAUUCUUGAACAAGCAAGCUACAAAAAGCGUACCGACUUUAGCAACUACUGAAGCGUAUGAUGACUAUUACCACAGAAACCAAGAAAAGCGCAGGCCACUUUUACCGCAUGAGACGGAUUUAUUUAGGAAAGCUGUUGAAAUGUACGAGAAACAACAUCCUACUACAAGCACUACAACGACCACCACAACUACCACAACAACACCCGCGCCUCGCUAUAAGCCCAGAUCUAAACCUAAACCAAGAAAUCCACCUCAAGAUAGAAACAAGCAAAAACUUUAUAAUGAAAUCAAAAGUCUGCUUCAAGAAAGCGAAACGAAAGGUUUUGACGAUAAUUUAAGGGCUAAGAGUGUUGCUUUACUCCAAAAACCUGAUAUUUUAAAACAACUGAAAGUAGCUCUAGCAGAAAAUCCUGAAGAUUUCAAUGAAAAAAAUUUUACUUCUCGAGAGAUUUCCUUAAAUGGUCAGAAAUUCGAAGUCAUAAGAACAACUAAUCCUAAUUUGAUACCAAAAGGCGCUAUCGUUGCUGAAGAGUCUAGUUUGUCACAGUUAGCAGCGAGUUCACAAGAACCUCAAAAGGAGAAUCGUAUUUCUAUUGAAGACUUAACUAAAGGCGUAUUACCACCGGGAGCCAAUUUUGAACUUAUUAAACAAUCCGACAGCGGUAAACUUGAAGAAGUAUCAAAAGCAACUAUUCAAAAUAAAAAGAAAGUAACUUUUGUUUUCUUGGAAGAACAAGAUGACGGCUCGUUCAAAGUAAAGGGUGUGAAAGCAAACGGUCAGCAAACAGAAGAAGGUCCUGAAGUGGAAAAUAUCUUAAAUAAAAUAAAAAAGGGUGAAAUACAGUUGCCUGGACCAACGAAAAUAUCAAAUUCAAUAUUUAGUUCUACAACGGCAAGUCCAUCGACUGAGAGUACGGACUAUGUAGCAGAACCUUCACACCAUCCGUCUAGUUACUCCAGUUUUGUCACAACUUCUAGUAAUGGAGCCGUAGGUCACACUAACCCUGUUAUUCAUACGACACCAUCACCUAACACAUACCGUAACUCUAUCUUUUCAACGAUCGCAACUUCACCUAAAACUCAAACAUUUUCUCCGAUAACACGAAGCAUCACAACGACUGAGAGAUAUAUUACUUCUGCGAACCACGAUUUCACAAGAAUUAGCCCGACCAAAAAUUCUUUCCCUAGUUCGACGUUUGCAUCAAUCUUAAGCACUACACCACCUUCAUAUCAUUCAACGCCGGAAGAUUUAGUUGUAAUAGGAUCGAGUUCACCCGCUUCAAGUGUUGAUCAAAUGUUUGCUAGGCAAUCAAACCCAGGACUAGUGGACAUUUUAAAAGAAAAUGGUUUAUUUGCUACUGCUAAAUAUCUACGUCAAUCUGGCCUAGACAACAUAUUGAAUGAGACUGGCCCUUACACAAUCUUUGCACCGACUGAUAAAGCAUUUAGAACAUUACUCGUGCAACUUGGAGGUCCGGACCGAGCUGAAGAGAAGUUCCGGGAUAAUCCUAGACUACUAAGUGGGCUUCUUCUUCACCAUGUGAUACCAGGUGCAUUCGAUAUAGCUUCAUUACAAGAUGAAAUGACUGGAGUUUCCCUUGCCGGUACCCAGCUUAGAGUAAACCAGUACGAUAUGCAUGACGUCGAAUGGAAUGAAGUUCGGGUAACUACUAUCAAUGGAGCAAGAGUAAUUGAGGACAAGAAAGAUAUUCACAUACCACAAGGUAUAGCACAUGCCGUAGACAGAGUGAUGUUUCCGCUGCCAGUAGGCGAUAUCGUGCAGACAUUACAGGCUGACAGAGACAGGAGAUUCACCACGUUCCUAAAAGCCAUCUAUGCUAGCGGAUUCGCCGAAACUCUUGCAGGUAAUAGAAUUGCUAAUAUUGAGGGCAAGUGGAGCACUUACCUCGGGCGCGUGUGAGGAAGGCGCCAAAAUCAUUAAUAAUGAGCUUUAUAAAUCUUCUCAUACAAUGCUUCAAAAUCCCUAAAUGAAAUAAAAGAAAAAUAUAUUAUUAUAAAGUUUGGCUUCACGGAGCGUAGCCGAACUGUUGGUUCUUGGGUAACUCAUUGUUUGAACAGUCGCCCGGAUUGCGUAAGGUUUUGAGUUCUAGUUCCAUCUUGGGGUACUUAUGGCUGGUGGAUACUUUAUUAAAGUUAUUUAAUUCGUUCGUCAGAGAGUAAGACGUACACAGUGUUCGCUCCGACGGACUCUGCGUUCGCUCGUCUAGCGGCGGGCGAGGCGGCACGGUACUCGGAGGCGGGUCCGGCGCGUGCGCUGGUGGCGCGGCACGUGCUGCCGGGCACACUCUACAGCGCGGGCAUGCGCUACUACCAGCUCAGGAACUCCAUGGAGGAGACCAAGCCGCUCACGCUGCAGAAGAACGCCGGUAACGACACCUUUUUUGGUAUCCAUGCCCGCGAUAUCACCGAUACUUUUGUUUUUUUUUAAUAACUGGAAGAACUCACUCGAGAUAAUAAAUUUUCGGUCACUUGUCAUAUGACCAUGCGAAGGUUGCUUUAUUCUCACAAAAUUAACCAUUGCACCAUCGAGGUCUACGAUAAUUUAUAUUUCUUGCUGAAAAUCUUUAUGGGCCAGAAGAAUUCGAUAUGCCAACGCCAAAGAUAAAAAGGAAGUCUGCAAGAGCUGAUCAUGAGAUGACCAAUUUACUGUGUUAAGCUAUCUCUACGUGUUUUCGAAGGCAUGUUAAGCCAUUGGUCCCAUCUGUAUAUGCUGGACGUUACCACCCACCCGCACUGGUCCCGCGUAUUAUUUUUCCCUAGCAGUAGUGGGAGAUUAUAGGUUCAUUAUAAAGAUUAAGGCACCAUAUUUGCGCUACAAACACAAAACAUGUUACUUUCUCACUAUAAAUGA